AUGCCCUCUAAACUCAGCAAUGGAUGCGUCAGGUACCUUCUGGAAUCCUUCUGCGAUUAUGACUCUUUGUUGACUGGGUCAAGAUAUCAUCGCAUAACCAUACCGGCAUGUCACAAAAUUUUUAAAUAAUAUCCGUUUUCGUCUAGCUAAUCUGUCGGCGAUACUUCUUCCUGAUCUUCAAUGGGAGGUCGUAUUCCUUUUAUUUGCAGUAUGCCCAUGCCAUCAAAUUAAAAAGCCAUAACAAGUAUGUGUAUGUUUCGGGACAAGUAUGUUUUCACAGUCGAAGGAGACUUUGGAUGCGCAAGGCAAUUGCUAAAGGCUUUGUUCGGUAGGUGCAAAAUUUAUUAUCAUUUUACGGUUGUCGGUCUGAUUGUUACGUUCAUUUUAUCCAUGUUUAAGAGAACCGAAUCCCUGCGGAAUAUCGUUUGUGGGGUCCCAGUUCCGUAUUCGCUGA